GAUGGACCGGUGAAGAAACAGAGGGUCCGUGGAGGAAACAGAGCUGUGCUUCCCAUCUUUGCUAUGGAAGCGCUGGAUAACAUGGCAUUCGUCGCGAAUGCCCUCAGCCUGUUCACCUACUUCUUCAGCUUCAUGAACUUCGGGCUCACGAAAUCGGCCAACACUCUAACCAACUUCAUGGGCACCGCCUUCCUGCUCGCUCUCUUUGGAGGAUUCCUCGCCGAUACCUAUCUGUCCAAAUUCAUGGCCUGCACGCUGUUCGCCACCUUCGAAUUCGUGGGGUAUGCAAUGCUGACAAUCCAAGCACAUUUCGACCAACUCCGGCCCGCGCCCUGCAACGGCGGCCAGGUGAUCGACCCGACCAAGUGCGAGUCCGCCACGAGCGGGCAGUCCGCCCUGCUCUACAUCGGGCUGUACCUCAUCGCUUUGGGCGCCGGCGGAGUGAGGGCGGCGCUGCCGGCGUUAGGAGCCGACCAAUUCGACCCCAAGAACCCCGAGGAAGCUCCGAAGCUCUCCAAUUUCUUCAACUGGUUCUUUUUCAGCCUGGUUACUGGGGCCGUAGUUGGGGUGACUUUCAUAGUGUGGGUCGCGGAGAACAAAGGUUGGGGUUUGGCGUUUGGGCUCUCCGCUUUAGCCAUCUUGCUUGCCAUCUUCUGCUUUGUUCUGGGCAAGCCUCUGUAUCGCAUCAGCGCCCCUGCUGGAAGCCCUUUCGUCAGGAUCGCGCAGGUGCUUGUAGCAGCAAUGAGAAACAGGCACAUCGAAACCCCAAAGCCAGAGGACACACUGUACGAAAAGGAAGGAAUCAACGGCGAAAUCUUGAAAAGAACGAAUCAAUUCACGUUUUUGGACAAGGCAGCAGUGGUUUCAAGCACCAGCAAGGAAGGAACAUACCCUUCAUCAGAUGAUCCAUGGACACUCUGCACGACGACACAAGUCGAAGAAACAAAGAUCCUGAUCCGAAUGCUCCCAAUCAUCGUCAGCACGAUCCUGAUGAACACAUGCUUAGCACAACUCCAGACCUUCACAACGCAACAGGGCAACACCAUGGACCGAAACCUCGGCGGGUUCAAAGUACCAGCCUCUUCCGUCCCAGUAAUCCCACUCCUCGCCAUGUGCUUGAUGGUCCCUCUCUACGACCGAUUUUUCGUCCCCUUCGCCCGUGGCCUCACAGGCCACCCCAGUGGGUUCCCCAACCUCCAGCGGAUAGGGGCGGGGCUCCUGCUCUCGGCCGUGUCCAUGGCGGUGGCCGGGGUGGUAGAAACUAAGAGGAGGAAUGUGGCUGUUGAGAACAACAUGGUCGACUCGCUGCUGCCGCUGCCGCUCAGCGUCUUCUGGCUAGGGUUUCAGUACUGCAUUUUUUCGGCCGCGGAGUUCAUGACGUCUGUUGGGUUGUUGGAGUUCUUCUACUCGGAGAGCUCGGCUGGGAUGAAGGCCCUGGCGACGGGGAUCUCGAUGUGCUCGACCUCUUUCGGGUAUUACUUGAGCUCGGUGGUGGUGGAUGUUGUGAACAAGGUUAGUGGUGGGUGGCUGGGGAGUAAUAACUUGAACAGGGCGAAGUUGGACUACUUUUACUGGUUGUUGGCUGGAUUGAGUGUUGCCAAUUUGGGGGUUUAUAUUGUGUGUGCUUCUUGGUACAAGUAUAAGGAGACCGAGGUUGAGGACGAGGAGGAAGUGGAAAUGGUGGUUGCUUGA